UAUAUGCUGAUAGAUACACAAUUUUAGCUCUCUCUCUCUCUCUCUUUCUCUCUCAUAUUACCAGGGGUUUCUCUCUCCUCUCUCCCCCAUCUCUUUCUCUUUCUCUUUUCAUUUCUCUCUCCUCUCUCCUCUCUCUCUCUCUCUCUCCAGAAGGGGCAAAACCCUAAAGAGCCGUUUACACCCACCCAAUUGUCAUGGAUGAUGACGCAUUGAACAUGCGCAAUUGGGGUUACUAUGAGCCGGCCUUCAAAGGGCAUCUUGGCCUGCAGCUCAUGUCAACCAUGGCUGACCGUGAUACCAAACAUUUUCUGCCUGGUCGUGAUCCGAACAGCAUUAUGGUUAACCCGGCGAAUGGAACCUUUCAUCCUCGGGAUUGUGUUGUUUCGGAAGCGCCUGUCCCUAUGAAUUAUCUGAGGGACAGUUGGCCAAACGAGAGAGAUAAAUUUCUCAAUAUGUUGCCCCCCAAUCCUAAUUAUGCCAUUCUCCCAGAAACUUCCGGAGCUCACUCCUUACAAACUUCGGGAGCUCACUCCUUACAGAUUUUACAACCACCUGAACCAUUGAGGGAUGAGAGGGUGGGUAGAAUUGAAGAGCAGCAGCCUGUUAAAAAUGAAGGCAGUCAAAUGAAGAAAAGGCAGAAUGGGGGUGCCCCAAAAACCCCAAAAGCAAAAAAGCCCAGGAAGCCUAGGGAUAAUAACAAUUCUUCAGUCCAACGCGUGAAGCCAGCGAAGAAAAAUAUGGAUGUUGUCAUAAAUGGGAUUGAUAUGGACAUCUCGGGUAUACCUAUUCCAGUUUGCUCAUGUACUGGAACUCCUCAACAAUGUUAUCGAUGGGGGUGUGGUGGUUGGCAGUCGGCUUGUUGUACCACAAAUGUGUCAAUGUAUCCUUUGCCAAUGAGUACCAAAAGGCGGGGUGCAAGGAUAGCUGGGCGGAAAAUGAGCCAGGGUGCAUUUAAGAAGGUCUUGGAAAAACUUGCAGCCGAAGGUUAUAAUUUUGCUAACCCAAUUGAUUUGAGGACUCACUGGGCAAGACAUGGUACCAACAAGUUCGUCACUAUCAGGUAGAGUUACAUGGUUGGUACUUGUUGGAUGGGUUACACAUUGCAUUUGGUCUGUUUCAUCUGUAUAUAUAUCUGUGGCCUUUUGCAGAGUUCAGCCGAUUACUUUGUAGUCCAUGAAUUUUCAGUCACGAUACUUGUUUUCAUAAUUUGGACAUCUGGGUUUCUUUUCUUUUUAUUUUUAACCUUUUUUCUUCGGCGUAAGUGAUAAAGGCAACCAGCGACUUCUGGCCACCAGGAUUUAUGUCAAGAGUUGUCAUUUGUUGGACAGUUAUUUUUGGAUAAUAUCCUUCCAGCUUUUAAUUUAAUUUUGUUGAAGAUUAGGAAUUAAAUGCUUUUUUCUUCAUU